AUGACGCCAACGCCGCAAGCGACGGGGAGGCCUACGACGCCGCACUCCCUCGCCAGCACGGUCAACACCACCAUCGGCCCCGGUGACGCCAACAGCUCUCUGCUCCAACCCUCCCGCAUACCCAAAGAUGCACGUUCCAUGUCUUCCACCAGCCUGUAUCCUCCUCGAGGUCAGUCGCUGGGCUUGUCGGGUCCGCCUCCCGGCAGCUUCAGCUCGGAGUUGCGUAGCACGUCUUCCCGGACGGAAACGCCACGUCCAGAUUUCGCGCGCAACGACAGCAGCUACUCCGCCAGCAAUACGCUGGAUCUGGAGGACGCACGCAGCGUAUCGGAGAAGCGCCAGGCCGAGAUCACUCGCGAGAUCGAGAAGGAGAAGAAGAUCAAGGAGGGAUCUGAGAACCUACUCGAGGCGUUGAACUCGAAGAACCCGAAGCAGUUUAAAGAGCAGAAGCUCAAGGUUGAGGCCGAGCUCAACACGAGUAACCGCAAAAUUGCGGAGCUGAAGCAGGGCCUUGAGCAGGAGAUACAGAGGGCCAAAGAGAGCCAACAAAUUGGAGAGAGCAGGCUGAGCUUUCUCUUUGGGAGCACGAGCGGAGGACGCCCAUCGAGCAGGCAGACAUAUGGCCGGGGAGAAGAAAAUGGGGAGGAACUGUUGGAGGAGGAGGAGACCGAAAGUCCGACGUAUGUGCUAAGCGAGAUACUACAGGCGCUCGAGGCUGAAGGCAUGGGACCGGAAUUCUACGUGGGAUACGCCAACAGGCUGGUUGAUCUUUUCAAGAGGAACCCAACGUUGAAAUAUGACUUAGUGUGGUCGAUAUUCGGACUGCGCAUGCAAACGCUUCUGCUUAGCGAUAGCCGCGAAGUGGUCGCUGCCGGGUACAGAGUGCUGAGGUAUUCGAUCACAGACAGACGGUCGCUGCGCAUCAUUCGCGAGCUGCACACAGACUAUCUGGUCAUUUUGUCGCUGGUCAAGGAAGGCAAAGCGAGCGUGGAACGAGAACAGGCUCUCAAAUUCGUCAGGGCCUUCCUUGAUGUCAAGGAUGGCAUACAGGAAAUAUCCAGAGCCGUGAUCCGAAUCAUCGUCGCUGUCGCAGAACACAGCGAUGAUCGAUUGCGAAACAUCGCCAUACUCACGCUUGCCGAGAUUCUAGUCCGGGAUCCCCCAAGGCUUGUUGAGGCUGGUGGAAUGGGCACGCUUACAGACGCUCUAGGGGACGGCAACUAUCGUGCAGCGGAGAGCUUAGUUGGCGCAUUCUUGUUCCUGCUGGAUACGCCUCAGAGAAGAAAGUUUCUGCGCUCUGGUCAUGAGCUUGAAAUGCCACUGGCCACGUUCACGGAAUCGCCAGUAGGACACGUGCACGAAGAGAAACUGAAGUCGAGUGGAAAGGUCAUAUCCGCGCUUCUGCGAAGCUGGCCUGGCCUUAUCACGUUUUCCAUGAACGACUUUCUCGCUAUUCGAUCGCUGGUCGCAUCGAUGUACAUACCCCUUGUUCACGUUCGUCACCAGUUGUUGGAUCUCAUCAUCGACGUCUUGAGGAUAAAGUCGCCUUCUUGGGGCUCGUCUUUUGUGGCCGGAAGGAGACUCACAACAUAUGCCCGUGUAACAAACUUAAAAACUCAGACUCCGAGCACGGAUAAUGUCGAGACCGAGGAUGAGAUGGAACAGCGAAACCUCGUAGAACACUUUACAGCCGCUGUGUUGGGAGUGUUUCUUCAUGCAGGUCUUCUAGAGGCUCUGUUGCACGCUGAAGAGGAUCCUUUGUCCAUGCCGCUGAAACGAAAGACUACUUUAGUUCUAGGCGAGGUCUUAAAAGCGGCUAAUGAACUCUUGCCAAAUCAGUGGAGCGCAAAACUUCAAGUGCUACCAAAUCUUGUUCGCUCAGCCACCAAGCUUAACGUAGACGAGCGCUUCCUGGCUGUUGGGACAAUCUAUCAGAUCGACAGUGUGAACAGGACACUUUACCGAUCAGAUCCCAGCGUCGUGGCUACAAGAUCGACGAAUAGUUCCUCCGAAGCCGAAAUCAUACGACAGUCAGCAGAACAGGCCAAAGCGCAACAGGGUAUGCAGAUGGAUGAGACGCAGUUCAGGAACAUGAUGCUUGAUACGGGAUGCUUAUCAACAUCGAAUUGGACAAAGUGGCGUUGGGACAUCAUUCAGAAUUUGAUCGACGGGCCAUUGCGCAAUCCAAAAAGACUGGACGAAGCAAUGCGAUCAACAAAGUGGCUGCAUAGGCUUCUUGGCUUCUAUAGACCGUUCAAGUACCGGUUUGCGGAUGUCAAGAACACGAAGCCGAAUCAAAGAUACGUACGCAUUGGCUGCUCAUUAUUCCAGUGCUUGCUCCUGAAUGCCGAGGGUGUCAAAUACCUAGCGGAGGACAAAGUGAUAAGACAGCUCGCAGAGUGUCUGUCGCAUUUCGAUCGCAUGAGCGGUCUAACAUCUGAGACACCAAUGUUUACGGAGCACAGGAUGAACGAGACGCUAACAGGAGGCUACUUCCAACUCUUAGGUGCUCUCACGAAAGAUGUGAGGGGACUUCAGAUUCUGGAAAGAUGGCGUAUUUUCAACAUGUUCUACCACAUCGUGGAAUUGCGCGAUCGAGACGAUUUAGUCAAGAUGCUGCUCGGGUCCAUGGACUACAAUCUAGACUCUCACCUACGCAUCAUCCUUUCGAAAGCGAUGACGACAGGCUCCAAGAACAUACGCAUUUUUGCAACGCGUGUUCUGCGUAAAUACGCGACGAGAACGAUUUCGGACACAACUGCUGGGACAGUGGAAUGGGCAAUUCGUCUGCUCGUCACGCAACUGUACGAUCCUGAAAUCGAGGUCUGUGAGAUAGCGAUAAAGAUCCUCGAAGAAGCAUGUAAACAAAUCCACAGCCUGGAGUAUAUUGUCAAAUGCCGACCUGCACUCGAUCAUCUAGGCGAAAUCGGUGCUCCACUGCUUCUACGUUUCCUGAGCACGUCAGUGGGCUACAAAUACCUAGAUGAAUUAGACUAUAUUACUCGCGAAAUGGACGACUGGUUCCUGGGGAGGAACGACAGUUAUGUUGCGCUUAUUGAGGCGAGUCUAGCUAGAGCGUUGGCAGACAUACCUGAGAAGCAAAGUAUCCAACACACGACUGGUAUUCUAGAGGAUAGCAUGGCACCGGAAGCCUUGGAGUACGGCAUCGUCCCGCCGCACUUCUAUCGCGAACUGACGCGCACGAAAGAAGGCUGUGAACUCCUCGAAUCCAAAGGCCACUUUGAUGAGUUUGUAGCUACAAUCAGGGACUGGGGUAUGGAAGAGGAAGAUCCAGAGAUCAUUCUCAAAGUAAAAGGCUGCCUCUGGGCCGUCGGCAAUGUGGGGUCCAUGGAAUAUGGGGCACGUUUCCUUGAACAAUCUGAUGUCAUCCGCGAUAUUGUUGACAUUGCCGAGCGCUCACAAGUCAUGACAAUGAGGGGGACUGCUUUCUUUGCUUUGGGUCUAGUAUCUCGCAGUUUACACGGCCAGGAAAUCCUCUUAGAAUAUGGCUGGGAUGGGACAACGAACAUGCGUGGUGAGAGCCUGGGAUUCUGUAUUCCGCUUGAUUUCGGGAAGUUGUUCGCUGUGAAGCCGUGGAAGUCGCCCUACGCGAUGAGUAAAGAAGGGAGCGUGGCAAAAAAGCCGGAGAACAAAGUAGUUGAGGAAACAGAUGAUCCCGUUGAGGCGAGGAUACUAAAAAGCGUGACGGAUUUGGGCAACACCGUCCUCGCUAAGAAGGCAGCAGGGGAUUUACAUGGGAUCAAAGCCAAAAAUCCUCUCCCCUUCCAGCGCACUGGUCUAUUCCUCCGUGUCCUGAGUAUCCUUGAAGAGCACCACUUUCGACUUCCCGUAUGUAGGUUUGUGAUUGACUUGUUCGACAAGAAAGUUAUGAGGCAGAUCGUACUUGAGGAAGAUAUCGACGAGGAUGAAGACGAUGACGACAGGGCACUUUUCGAUGACCAUGAAGAUGAUCGUGGAAUGGCUAGAGUCGCCAGUAAUCGAAGCCAGGCUUUGACGGACACUACGGAAGAUGACGACGAAGAUGCACAGCUGUUUGGCGACGUGCAAGCGAAGAGCGGAAAAGAGAUUUUGGACAAUGGCGUUGUAUUGGGGAGGAUGGACAUGAAUAGCACCACCAUUUUCCGAGGAAACGGAUGA